AACCCUUUCACAGAAUUUGAUUCCAUUGAUGAGUCUAUUCACGGGUGCAAAGCAAGUCAAGCUUUGAAGGUUCUCGAAGGAACAAUAUUUUGUUCUGAAUUUCUUCCGUUCAGUCUUGGAAUAUAUCCCAGUCACAGACAUUUUUCAACAAACGAGACAUAUGCAGAUUUGGAACGUAUUCUCAAGCCAAAAACCGGGCUUGCUAAAAGUCUUUAUCAGGCUUCACUCUAUGACAAUGUCUGGGCAAUAGGAAUGGCGAUUAAUGAAACUCUGAAGACUUUUACCGUGGACGAAGUCAAGAAUUAUAAGCAUAGUACUAACGAGAAUAAGAAAUUACUCAAUGCACUUUACGACAAUCUUCUCGGGGUAUAUUUGCAAGGAGUUUCAGGUCGUUAUUACUAUAACAAAACAACUGGGGCGAGACAGUCGGAUAGCUACGUUGGAAUUUGGGACUCAAAAAAGACGUUAAUCAAAAUUGGUUAUUUUGAUGCAAAAGAAAGUAACCUUACUAUAACACAAUCCCCUGCCGUUAUUUGGAAGUCAAAAGGUGGAACUACACCACUCGACUCUGAAAUAGAACACGUUGUCCGUAGACGUAUUAGUAAGACUUCUAU